AUGAAGUGUGGGUAUUCGAGAAUUAUAAACAUAUCUAUGUAUCUGAAAAUUACUUAUCUAUCUAUCUAUCUAUCUAUCUAUCUAUCUAUCUAUCUAUCUAUCUAUCUAUCAACCUUUUCAUUAUCUAUUUAUGGCAGUAUCUAUCUAUCUAUCUAUCUAUCAACCUUUUCAUUAUCUAUUUAUGGCAGUUUCUAUCUAUCUAUCUAUCUAUCUAUCUAUCUAUCUAUCUAUCUAUCUUUUGUGAUUGUAUUAAUAUCUAUCUAUCUAUCUAUCUAUCUAUCUAUCUAUCUAUCUAUCUAUCUAUCUAUCUUUUUCGAUGCAAGUCAAAGUGCAUCUUGUAUACUGAUUUUAAAGUUUGUUCAAAUCUAUGUUCAUUUCUUUCUUUCUUUCUUUCUUUCUUUCUUUCUUUCUUUCUUUCUUUCUUUCUUUUAUUUUGUCAUUACGAAGAAAUGUUCUACCAUUGUGCUCUUACUGUUCUGUUUUCUCUCUUUUGUAGAUACGAAUGGAAUCCUUUUCGUCUUCGAGUCAGACGGCUAUGACUGGGCCAAUCAUCUUUCAUCACUUCUUAUUAACGAGUACAACAUUCCAUGUUUCAUAGAUCACUGGUGGAAUCUCACUGAACAGAUUGCAUCAUCCUACCAGGUGCAUGUACUUUUGCUCUCACCUCUAAUGGAACCCCAAACCAGACACAAGAAAUUCUCCUACCUUAGAAACGAGUCACAAUCGUCGUUACUCUUAGAAUGCAAUGUCAUCUCGAAUGAACUUCAAAUGUCUCGGUGGGCCAGAACAAAAGCGCUUGAUGUCACUUCGGAGGUACAGCGGGACAUAUUAGUAACACUUGUGGAAAUGUACGAAAUGGAAACGAAUGACCAUGACGGUUUUAAUUCGGAAGAACUUGUUCACAUGGAUAUUGUACCAACGCAUUUAUAUCCGGGAGAGAAAACAGUUCACAUAUUGUUCAGCACACUACCUCAAGGCGACGUCACAAUUAGGCUGGAAGGUAUACCGAAACGCUUGCCAGCAAAGAGGUACACACAAAACACGUAUACGUGUGAAUUGCCAGAGGUUGAAGGAGGGCAAAAAAUAAUAUCGGUUUAUAUGGAGGGAAUCUCCCAUUCUGUGUAUUCGACGAGAAUCAGAGAUAGUGGGUUUUCGGCAAAUGACGGGAAUUUUUAUGAAUCAAUUAAUUGUGAAUAUCAACGUUUCAAUCGACGUACCUCAGAGGGAGACAAUAUGGUUCAUCAAAGUAUGCUGUUCUCAGACGCUUUAUGCAGGAAACCACCUCUAAGGAGAUCUAAAGCUCUACCUCGCAGAUUAUCAUUGCCGGAAUCAGAAGCAAAACCAAGCCGAACAGAUGUAAGUAAUACUACGUGUAAUUUCUAA